GUUCAAUUGACAUAAUCUCUCAAACACUACCACCACCGCUUCACCUCAGCCGCGUGCUGCAGUAUCUUCGACAUCGCCCUAAUGUUAUGACUAAACGCCUCUCUGCAGCCAGCUGCAUUUCGUACCAAACUCCAAGAUUCGUGUGGAUUUCCGAUGCGCUCUUGACCGACACGUUCAAUCGCUUCUGUCACCACAAGCGUUAUGGCAGCAGCGUGCCAGGUCCCCUGGAGGCACAACGGCGCGCUGCGAGACGUAAAAAUACAAGUCUGGCGUACGCCAGCCCCGGAGGCAUCUCGGCCGAUCCUUCAAUUGUCCUUGGAAGCUCCGCGAACAAGCUAGCUUGGUGGCAGUCUCCCCAGCAUGCAGAAGCAGCAGAUUCAGCUUCUCCUCGAGUCCUACCGUCAUGGCUUUUUCCUUUCGAAAGCCCGGCUCCGCACGCCGUGCCCACCUGCGGCACAAUCGACACAGGGACGACACAGUCAGAGCCGCGAUCAACAUCUGAAGACGAGACGAAUCGACUAUCCCAAUGCAAAACUUUAAUCGAAGUAAAGGGCUGGAUUCAGGAUGAAGGAGUCAACCUGCGGGAAGAUGCUCACGUCCGAGCUGCAAUACCGAGACAUAUCCUACAAAUGGAUUUCGAGACACACGAGAUCGCAUCGUACGUAUGCGACCCAAUAUUUCAUCCACCGGGAACGUCAUACAUCCUGGAAUUAGUGCGUGGCUUGCUCGGCCGUACUUGGGACGCCACCUCCUGGGGAAUCUUGCGUGAUGCACUCUGUUCCGCUACCGAACUCGGGCUUCUCAACAUCAAUGACUUGAAGGAAGUCAUCGCCGAAUUGGUCUGCCUGGCCGAAGUGCAACUGACCGACGCUCACGGUCGGGAAAAGAGGGUGAAGGCCAAUGCCCAAAUGUACCUGAUCUACGGAAUGCUAGAAUCUCUGGAUCGCUCCGCAGUUUUGCGGAUCGGCGACCUUGGAUCCUCCUUCCUAGCUCGACUCUUCUCGAACAUUGCGACACUGAAAUACUACCGUGGCUGGUGCCGGAAGCUAUUGUGGCGCCUCCUCCCGUGGGCACCGAAGACUCACGUUGCCGUCAUUCGUCGAAUCGCUUUGAAACAGCUCAAUUAUGCUUGCCGACACAAUACUCAGGAGAAAGUAGGGCGAAUGCUUGCGCAAAGGCUCGUGGUAGCCCAUCCAGAAGUUUUGCAGCUCGUCUCAACUGAUAUCACGGAGAAGUUGCUGAGUAUGUCGAUGGAGUCUGGUACAAUGCUAUACAAAUACCUCUGGCAUCACUGGUGUGGCACAUUAGCCAUACUCGGAUCUGCAGAUUUUGGUCUCACCCUGACACGAAAUGCAUGGAUGUCUGUACAAUCCGCCAAAAGCUCCCUAUCACAAGAUCAACGUUUGUUGGCAUUUUCCUGGACUGUUAUGUAUCUCUCUCAAAGCCAUCGAAAAUCAGUGGACGUGAAGGAGCGACUGCAGUUCCUUGGUCACUUCGAGGAACUGCUGCGGUCGAUACCGGAGUUUAGUGAGGAUUUCCUGGAUCGCGCUGUGAUUGAGCUUGGUAAUACGACUCUGCCGAACAAACACAUCCUUCUUCGAAACCUCGCUAGACUGUCGACCAGAGCAGAGGCACUGCUUCCAACAUUGGACUCCCAAUCUACUGCGAAGUCGACAUUGGAGCCGGGCAUAUCACCGAGCUUAAUCGACAACCACACUCAGAAUGCUCACUUUGAAGGCAACGAAACUUUGGCGGAGCUGACCGAGAGUUCGAACAAUGAUCUUUCAGCCUUCAAGAUUCUGUCACGGCGGAUGAUUCAGAAAAGCACGAAUUCUUUUGGUUUCGUUUGCCAUCUUUUGGAGACCAACUCACUUUUCAAGUUAGCUUUAAGGACGCCUGACCUUUUCUCUCCAAAGCCAGCCACUCUUCAGAAGCGGAUGGUGUGUGAGCGCACCGGCAUAUUCGCGAAUCUCGGCACUCCGGUAGAGAUCGAGUCAGUCACCUCUUCAAGACCGGAACGUGCAUCGAGAAACUCGAGCUUGCCCAGCAGAGACGAAGUAAUCGACUUAAUCAGUCAUCUUGCCCUCUCCUUUGCGACCUCAACUGUGGCUACUCCUCGGGCGGCACUUCGAAGAGUAUACUGGUGCUAUCUGUUCCUGCGCCGCUACGGAGCACCCGUCCCACCUGCCAUCACUCGAGCGUUAUGGCAUGUGGGCGUUACACGAUACGGUGACCAAGGUACAGCGGCAACACUGCUGAAGUGGAUUCUCCUGCAGGUCAAACUGGUAGAGGGCGAGAGCGUCGCAAAUCUCUUGCUCUGGAAUGAGACCUUCCGUCAGAUGCGGCAAGAGCAGAUAGCCGCUUGGACCAAGAUUGAUGAAGACGAGGAAAAGCGAUUGGUUGCCGAAUUACAGGCGACGGGAACAAAUAGCAAAGGAGAUGAAGGAGAUGGUCAUACACCAUUCACGUGGUCGUCGGACGACGGCCUUUCCGGUGGCGAGAAGGCAUCGGACCCAGACCUGCUGAAGAGAAUCAUGUUCAUCGAGUCCGAGCCGCCGGACCAGCCUGUUUGGAUGCCCAAAGCACAGAGGAUCGCCGGUUGCCAUGAAUCUUCAAUGACAGACGAGGAGGAGCAGCAGCAAGAGCAGGAGAUACUACAGCGUAGGGCAGCCGAAGCACUCAAGGUGGCGAAUCUAAUGUAUCGAGGCUGAUGUCUGGUACACGGCAUUCAGGAGCUAUAGGACGCGGGCGAGAAGGGAACAAAUGCUCCAGACGGGGUGAUCUAUAUCGAUGUAUAUACGAUACGAGAACAUGCACAGAUGCGUUCAGAUACAGCCCCUGCCUCCAGAUGGCUUCUUACAUGGCCUUGCCUGCCUACUGAGCGUUGGAUCUCGAUUUCCAAACCGCUGGUUCCCAUUAUUACCCCCACCCCCCCGGGGGGUACAGAACGCGCCUGGGAGAGUGGG